AGUAGGUUCUAGAAUUGUGUUAUGCGUAGUCAUACAGUCAUAGACCACUGUUACAUGUGACAAUGACGAGGAGUCUUUAUACCAACGAAGUGUAUAAAAUGAAGCAUUCUCAACAUCGCAUUAGUCAGUAUUACUCACAGUCACAGUGGCUUCAAUUCAGUACUACAGGUUCAGUCAUUGCAGAUCUAGCGUUGCUAAGGGCACAGGUAUGUGUGAAAACGGAAGGUAAUAUGUGACAAGUACAAUUAGGCCUGUUCAUUACAUUGCAUUCCUUACAAUUUUUAUUCCGUUUUUCUUAUAGAAUAAAGUGAAAAGUUGCAAAGAUGUCCAACUUAAUUUUACCGAACAUUCUAAAGUUUCUACUCUUGCUACUUUUGGCUGAUACUGUUGUCCCAGUACAGUUGUCCCUGUUGUCCAACUGCUCCAGUAAGUUGCUAUAAUUGUGUGGUGUUGCCGUAAAAAAGCCCAUUCAGGCUUCGCUCGUGCUACAGCGCACACCCAGGCGUUUCUAUGACAUGACGUGUUUCACUUACUUUAAGGAUUUUUGUUUUAUUUUAUUGAUAAGUAUCAAUAAGUUUGAGCAUAUCAAGGCCUUCAAUAAUUGUUAACGCAUUUUAUAUUCGCUGAAUCAAAUUUUUGAAUUACAUGCAUGUGAAAUGCGAUGUUUAAAUCAAUUAAAUUAAAUUCGACAUGUUUGAAUUAAGUGCGACUUCAGUCGAAUAUUCGACUGACUCAGUCGAAUAUUCGACUAAAAGUCGAUUGUUGAUUUAAACGCCACAUUUUACAUGAGUCGAAUCUAAUGCAUAAAUUAUGUUAAAAUAUUAUUACCUAUAACUCCGCGGUUUCAUGCAAAAUGACAUGCGCAGAUAGGAUAGGCCUAUACAGCUUGAGCUUGAAAUUGACGACUGUUUUUAUUGUUCAAUCGAGACGAAAUACACUUGUUUAACAACUCUUUCUCGACAUAUAUCGCAAUUACAGUAUUACGAUUCAAUUGUUUUUAAUGUAAAUAUCUCAGCGAGUAUAUUUACCCCCUUUUAAACGAAAACCAACAUUGAAAUCCUCACAAAAUACCCGUUUGCACGGGGGCCAAAUGCCGUCAAAACAUUACGCAAACUCUAAAACAAUCAUACAUACAUACAAUCAUUUGGAGAAUCUUGGAUAUCUUCUAAACUUUUCGUUAUUCACUCAAAGACCAUAGGAGUAAAGUGUAUUCAAGCGCUCUCAUGUAGAAAGUUUCGUUUGAAUACGGCGAGAAGAAAUAUUUAUUUUGAAUUUUUCAAAAUAUCGGGUUUUACUCGCACGCGCGUGCCACGCACUAUUCUGUAUACUUCAACCAAUAAGGAGCACCCGUCUUCUGCCUUCUCCUUGCCAAGAGGUUAUUUACUGCCAUAUGCAUUAAAAGUCGUCGUUUUCUGUUGGCACGAAUGAUGUUUGAUGGGCGUAAACGUAAAGUUUUUUCUCUUAUCAACUUCAUCCGCCAUAUAGUUUGGAUUUGGCGCCAUUUGACGGGCUUUGCAAAUCAAUUAAUUGCGACAUCUGAAUUAAAAUGUGAAAAAUGUCAAUUCAAUUCAAUUCAAUUCAAGUCGACUCGAAUAUGUAUUUGAUUCGGCGCAUGGAAAAUGCGGCGUUUAGACUUGGCCUAACUGAUUAAUUCCUAAAGAUGUAUGUCACCGUGCAUGUUUUCCCGGAUCGGCUUCUUAAAAGAAAUUUAAAGAAAAGGGAUCAGUUCUCGUUAAUCCUUUUCCACGCCCAUCAAGGCAGAAACUUUCCCAAAAUAUAAAACAAACUUAACACUUGUCUCGAGAUAUUACGAGUUAGAACAAUUAAAGUGGAAGUCAAGUCCGUUCUGCGCAUCGGUUCUGCUCAUAACAAUGUGAACAUAAACUCUAUUUCAUAUUCAUUUAGAAGCAUAGCGAACCAAAAUGGUAUUAGAUAUUCAGACAGUACAUCUUAUUUUAAAAAAUACAGCAGUUCAAAAUGUAAACAAACCGUUUGUUUACAUUACGGACUUGACUUCCACUUUAAGACACAGAAUUUAAGAAAAUUUUUCCACUCUAAUUCAAAGCCAUUUUUAAACCCAACUAUAUUUAGCCUAUACAAGCGUAUUUAACUUAAAUCACAUGCAGAUUAGAAUUAGAUUAAACUUAACAUUCAGCGGCUUGAAGACAUCAAACGAACUAUAGCUGCAUGUUUCUCUCCAAUUUUAAUAACAAUAUAUGUUUGUAAAUAUACAGCUAUUUCAAUUAAGGUUGUCCCCAGCGGAAGCGGUAAAGUCGAAUACAAGCGCGAAAGGCUGCUGGGAAUCGCUAAAAAAUUCAUUUUCUAUGUUGAUUUCGUCAUUUUCCUGUCUGCCAAUUAUAAAGAUCUGACCACGCUUGUAAAAAUAAUUAGGUUUGACAUGAAUGACUUAAGGUCGAAAUAUUACCUUAAAUUUUGUGUCUUGUUCUUUAAUAACUCAUAUCCUCCUGAGGCUGAGUUUACAAGAUGUUAAUUUAUUGUAUAUACAUGCAAUUCUCGUUUCAAAAUAAUAAAAAUUAUACCGUUUCAAAAACUGUAACAUCCGCGCGAAUUACCAUGCAUAAUACCAUACCUUCACUGGAUCACCCUGGUAGUGGACAAAACUACUUGAUACUGUAUAAUUGUUUUGCAAUGUUUAAGUUAUAAGCGGCGGGGAAUUAAUUAUGUGGUACCUGCACUCAGGCUGGGCAACAACGAUUCCAAUCUUUUUGAUGAAAAAGUCUCAGAAUUUAAUGAACAUAUAAUUUUUAGAUUUUAGAUGGGCAAAUAAUUAUGUUAACAAUUACAUUUGGUCCAUCGUUGGUGAAUGGAGGGUUGUUGACUGCACUGUGAAUAAUAAUGACCAAGUUGAUGCCACAUUAUGGUUCAACCAGAAUAAAAAAAUAGAAAUAGUUGGCCGAGUAAAAGUGAUCUCGAAGAACAAAUUCAACAUCACAAAUCUGCAGCUGAGCGAUAUGGGGAAAUAUUAUUGUAAAGCUUGUGGUAAUACGAAGACUCAUCUUAGAAUGAAUGUUAAAAGAGGUGAGACCAUCAAAUUUUAUGUUCUUGAAACUUUAUUCAGCGCUGUGUACAAAAAGGGUGGACUCGUAUGGCUGUUAUUAGUCCUUGAAAGUUUUAUGUUCGUUUAUUCUCUCUUAACACGUAAAAGUGGUUGCCUGUUUGAUCUUUUUCUAAGAUUCCAACAAUAUAAUACAUUUAUUAAAUAUAAUUAUGAUUAUUGAACCAUUUUGCCAAUUUUAGAGUCAUGGCAUUUUUUAAGAAAUUACAACUACCGGGGCUAAGUCUCAAUAAGCGCCUUUUCCCCACACAAUUACGGGUACAUAAAAAUCAUCAUGUGCUCAGGGGUGGCGCUAGCCCAAUUUGAACGGGGGGGGGGAGGUAUGAGUGAAAUAUUGCCUACUAAUUUCAAACGCUAAUUAGUAUUUAUUUUCCCAAAAUUGAUGGCGAGCGAGGGGGGUAUUUAUUUUCCCAAAAUUGAUGGCGAGCGAGGGGGGGGGGGCUUCACGGCUCAACUUCACAGAUUUUCCGUACAUUAUACUUUUCGUGAUAUUUCUGUGUUGGUGUCAGUGUACUCAGGUGAAUAUGAUGCUAGUGAUGUUACUCCGAGUGCAUAUCCACACCGGGCAAGCUUGAAAGAUAUGCCCGGACCACGGUGGCUUGCCCGGUGUGGAUAUGCGCUCGGAGUAACAUCACAAGCACUAUACUUUUCGUUUGGGUUAACGUAGCAUUGUUUGUCUAAUUUUUCCAUAAUUUUAGCUACAAUUAUUAGAUUUUUAUCAGUGUCAAUCAAAUGUUUUAGUUUCUCUCCUUCCUAUCCAACUGGGAUUAGAUAAUUUCCAGACUACCUGACGAUUCGGGGUGUUCCACACCCCCAACCCCCUUUUAGCACCCUGUGCUGACUUUUAUAAGAUCGAGAAUGUGAGAGGAUAUGAGAAAGCAGGCAGAUCUAGCUUUUUCACCAAGGUUGACUUUUUACUAAUAAUGGGCCCAGCUCAUCUGAAAAUCAUGCUUCACUACCGGGGCGAGCAAAAGGGGUUGCUCAAAGGUAAAUGCCCCAGUAGUUAUAUAGUUAAAAAAUGCCCUGUUUAGAGUAUACUAGGAUCAUUUCUUGCCAACAUAUACACCAGUUACAUAUAAUAAGUUGUAUCCUGUAUUUAAAAGGGAACGAUACAUUUCCUGGUUAAUUGAAGUUAUCAUUUUUUGGCUAAAAUUUGUGAAAAAAUUACUUGUUAUUUAGGUACACCAUUUGCAAAGCCAGAAAUUUCGAAACCACCAACCUCUUCAAUCGUAAAAUAUGGAAGUACUGUUACACUAGAAUGUUCGUUGAAAGGGAGUUACAAUGAUUAUGAAAUGUUAUGGUUUAAAGUGCAAUCAAAUGGAAACUAUUUAGAACAAAAAUCGACAAGUCGGCCUACCUGGUCGUCUGAUUACAACAACAGAGUACAAAGAGAAGUACUGAGAAUAUCCAACUUUAUAGAGGAGAACGAAGAAUAUUUUUGUCAAGUCCGACGAUACGGUGUAAAUUACAUUCGUAAAACGGAUCAUGUUAAACUACAGUUAGAGAGUAAGUGGUACUCCAUUGAAGUGCUUACUUUUGGGUAUAUGCAUGACUAAUGUAAUUGUGUGCAUAUUUGAGUGGGGAAGCCUAAACUACAGAAUAUUAUAAAAACAUUACAGAAUAUAUUAGUAUGGAAACUACGCGAUAAUUAUAAAAUACGGGAUAUUAUUAAACAAAUUAUGGAAUGGAAGUGAGAAUUAAAAGUAGCUACUGCUUAUGUUAGGCAUGUAUUAAUUAAUCCAGCUGUAUUAAUUAACCCUCUAUUAUAACCCUUUAUUGUACCUCACUUGUAACAUUUUCCGUAUUUGCAUGGCUUAUUUAGGUGGAAAAAAUUUGCUCGGAAAAUUUUAAUUCGUUGUUUUGUAUUUGGUGUGCCCAAUGUCUUUCCAUCAAGUUAGGGUUAUGACAACACAUAGGCAUUUCAGUAUAAAACUGAGGUCUUAUAAAUAUGAAAUAGAAGAUCGCGCGUAGGCUCCUUGUGUGUUUCUUAAUGAAAUGCAUACAUUAGACCUUAGUCGAUUUUUAAACUGACUAUCGGGCGCUACAUGACUUAAUUGAGACAAUAUUCCCAAAAUGGUUUUGUUGUGAUGCGUGUAGCAAAGAAUCAACCUGCUGUCUUUCAACCACUGCCCUUCCCCUAUACCAAUGUUAAUCAAUUGAUUAUGCAAAUUGCAAGAUGCAGACAAGCUAUGGGGAUCGAUACAAAUAAAUGCGAAGUUAUAUGUUUGUGAUGUUGUCUCUGAGUGUGUCCACAAAGAACUAGAGUGAGAUCCGAAAUAUCACCCACUCGAACUGACUGGAACUCGUAGCUCAGUUGGUAGAACAUUGAAUGACUAGCAAAUCAAACGUCGCGGAUUCGAUCCCCACCGCGGUCAAGCAAACGUAUCAGCUUGUCCGGUGUGGACACACUCAGAGACAACAUCGCAAACAAUAUAUCUUCACAUGAAACAAAACACCAGAAACAACAAUUGUCAUGUAGUUGCCGGACUGUCAACUAUAUUGCGCAGGUUCAUUUGCAAAAUGUACUAAAUUGUAGUUUACGACUAUUUUUACUUUUAGCAUUAGCCAUGCCCGUUAUUUCAAAUUUUCCUCGUAAUGGAAAGUUGAUUGAAAAAGAGGAAGAAACCCAUGACGUCAACUACUGUGUAUUAGGGACGCCAAGCCCUGAUGUCGCCUGGUAUAAAGCCGUGGAUGGCAAGAGAGAACUUAUUACUAAGUGUUCUGGGACGACAAACACAUGUUUACCUAUAAAUAACAAAGAUAUUGAAGUAAAAUUACAUUCAUUUGUUAUCAAGAAUGCUAGCUACGUACGGCAUCACAAUGUUACAUACAUUUGCCGAGCCGAAAAUGUUAAAGGACAAGAUGAAAAAAACUUCACGGUGUUUGUAAAAAGUAAGUAUAUAUUAUAAAUAUUUUUGUUAUAUAGUUGGUGUCAAAGUUAAAUUUUUCUCAAUUUGCCGAUUGGUCAAAACCGUAUCACGUGCCGGUCCACAAAACGUCAUGUUCGGCAACCGGUCCGCAAUGAAACAUUUAUUGACCGGUCAAUAAUAAAAUGGGUGCAAUACGCAUGCGUGUCAACCAUGAAGUUCCAAAGUUUAUUUUUAAACUUUUUACUAAACAUUUACGGCGUUCCAUUUAUCCAGUUUUGGUUUCAAAUUAAGUUUACUCCAAUAACCAGUGAAUUAUUCAUACUUUGACACUUAUAUACUAUAUAACAAAACACUUAUUUACUGAGACCUCGAGAAAGCAGUGUGUUUUGUGGCCCCUCGACCGCCGUUGUUGUCCUCGGCUUCGCCUCGGGCAACAACGGCGGUCUCGGGGCCACAAAACACACUGUUUCCCUCGGUCUCAGUAAAUAAGUGAUAAAUAUAUUGUAGUCGCCUGAGCUGAUUACAGCAAAAGCGAUCAUGCAUUCGAGAUGUGGUUUGGAAACUCGCUCGGCAAAGAUAUGAUUAACAUCCUACCUAUAAUUGUACUUUCGUCCAUAUUAAACAUAACAUAAUAUGAUAAUAUAAACCAACAAUUGAUGGCUUCUAAAAAUAUAAAUAACUAAUUUGCUUCAGACCAAAUGUUUAGUCAAGUCCAGUUGCGCCAGAAAAAAACUAUAGAUCGUCAAUUGGGUGCAUGCAUGUAUAGACCUAUUGUAGUUGACCUAAAAAUGAGAUCAUGCACGAGGUAUGCCGGACAACUUGAAAUGAACGACUACUCAGUAGAGGGAAUCAUGAACUCCUGAUUCUCUCCUAAUAUGCGAACGUUUUCAGUGGUUGCAGUAUGUAGAUGCCAUAAGCGUACGAGCGGAAAUAAUAGGGGGCAGGGAUUAACAAAAGAGUUUCGAUCAAACUUAAUUUAUGUUAUUAAGAUUAACAUGCAAAAGACUUUCGAUCAGAAUUGGUCAAUACUGCCCUCAAUAGUUCAGAUGAAAAUUUCUCCUUUGCGAAACUAACAGCCUACUUUAUGUGCACAACUUUUUUAUGACGCACGGAUUAGCCCGCUCCCGCCUAGAUAAAUUAAGAAUGCUCCUUACCCUCAGGAAACGUUAUGAGAGACAUGCAUGUGGUGGCUAAAUCUGCGACUAAACAUUCAUGAGGCGCCUAAUGAUGUUACUGGAAUUUUCUACUUGAGUACUUGUUGAUUACAUCUAUAUAUGUUUUUCCAUCUUUAGCCAAACCACGUUUGGUUGCACUCAAAUCAGAAAUUCAAAUAUACAAGAAGAACCUUCGUCUUCAUUGUGUACUGUCGGAAACCGCUAAUCCUGAAAACAUCACGUAUUCGUGGGCGUAUUGCGACAAAGAUGUCAAUAAUGUAAUAUCUUGUCAGAGUACGGAUGAUUGGAAACCAGUUCAGUCAAGACAGAAUAACACUAUCAAAAUCUUGCCUCAUCAAGCAGGAGGAAUAAGAUUAUACCGUUGUACAGCUGACAACAGGUUUAAAAAAGACCAACUGAUAUGGACGAUAGUACGACCAAUAGGUGAGUUAAUGCUUCUCUUCAAUAUUUAGAAAAUCACUAGUAUGCGAAAAUUAUAUUGAGAAGAACUUGGCAUAUGAUGCAGCUACCUACUCAUAUCACUCAUGCAACAAGAGGCGUACCUAGCGAGGGGGCGAGGAGCGGGUGGGGUUGGGCCCCAAAUUUUUGCUAAGAUUGUCAGUAUAAAAUGGAACGCGGAUCGGUAAAAUAUGGGAAAAUCGGUAAAAUCUUUUUUAGCGUCUUUGUCAAGCACUUACUGCAUCUGCUGUUUCAGUUGGUUUUUACCAAUAGUACUUUACAAUAUUAUAGAUUUUUGAUCAAAUUGAGUCACAUUGUAUCUGUAAGAGGAGAUUGAAAAUUCAACCUUAAUUUUUCUGACUUAUUUAGAAAUCGAAGGGAGGGGAUGAGUAGGUUUUCGUUGGUAAAAAUGGGGUGUCAACCCUCUCCUCACUUGUAAUGGCCAAGGAACGCCAGUCCUGAUACCCUAUACUGUGUUCCUUCUUGUUCUAACAAUAAUUGAUAUUAUUUUAACAGGUCAGAAUAUUCCAAAAGGUGUAUGUGAUCACGUAGCAGCAAAGUUGGAAUCAGAGAAAGAAGAAAAAUCUGGCAAUAGUAGCAUGGAACCAAUUGUUGUAUGGCAGGGUAUUGUUGCUUUCCUCGCUAUUCUUCUCCUUGUUACACUGUUUCUCACAUUUCGCCGACGAAACCCACCAAAGCAAGAGUACAAUACAUGUGUUGUUCCAGUGUUGAAGGAGAAAAUUGGUGAUAGUGUUUGAAUUUUAAGACGCACUUUAAAAUAUACUAGCUAGGAACUUAAAACUUUGUAUCAACUGUCGUACGCCAAAUACUAUAUAAUAUUGCUACUUAGACCAAUAAGUAUAUUGUUUGUACGUCAGCCGUGUGGUGCAGCAUAUUGAUAAUUUGAGCUUUCUCCUGCAUGAUAUAGCGAAAUUUGGUAAAAAACGAUCAUAGCAUAUACAGGGUGACUGUAUAAAAAAAAGAGGUAAUCGAACUUCAGCGCGCUAUUGUAUCUGAAUUACUCUGCGUAUGAACGAGAAAGAACGGAAAGAUCAGGUUUUUAGCUGUUGAUUGAUAUGUUCUUCAGGCCAAAUGAGUAAAAAAUGAGCAAAUACGAAUCUGAUAAAAAAUGUUAGUCAGAAUCGCAUAUUUUCACCGUUGAGAGUUGGGUUUAAAACCGUUGAGAGUUGGGUUUAACCCCCUUUGGGACUUAAGUUGAUGAAAAUUCAUUUCAAUAAACUACGCACAUAUUCAUAAUUAUUAUUAAGUACGAAUAAAUCUUAGCUAAGCUACGACAAGUUUGUGAUUAAUUGCUUUUUCUUUUGUUAUGCACUGCUUUAAUUAGGCACAGAGGUGAAAAUAUGCGAUUUUGACUAACAUUUUUAUCGGACUCGUACUUGCUUAUUUUUUCCCCACUUGGCAUGAAAAACAUGUCAAUCAAUAGCUAAAAUCCUGCUCUUUUCGAAUAUAAAAAAAGUUCAUACGCGGAGUAAUUCACGUACAAUAGCGCGCUGAAGUUCGAUCACCUUUUUUUAUACACCCUGUAUUUGCCAAAUUUUGUACUUAUUCCACUAAAGUCUACAUUUCUGCAGGGUGCACAUGGAGGAAAUAGGGUUAAAACCCCUCCCCAGCCUUCGAAAAUUACAAAAAGUUGGUCCCGUUCGCAAAACUCUUGUAGUUUUUAUGCCGCCAUCUUGUUUUUCACUAAAUAUAAUAAAAACGACGUCGACGUAUAUGAUACGCCAAGUAGCUCAAACAAUCAGAUUACAGAAUAGCUCAUAUACGGUGGGUGAGUCGGAUGACUAUAUUUAAAGAUUUGUAAUCCAGGCAUAUUAUAAUUUGUGAGUUUGUGAAAGUUCUCCGGAUCGAUAAUAAGUUUAAUUUAUUGAGCUUUCUAGUCGGUACUUCAAGUCUUUUCCAGAAUUAUGUUACAAUCAAUGAGUUUGAAAUUCUGUUUGCGUUCUUUUAUAAGUGGGUGUCUGUAAAAGCCGGAACCCCACCCGGAACACCCGGAACCCACCCGGAACCCCACCCGGAACACCCGGAACCCUACCCGGAACACCCGGAACCCCUCCCGGAACACCCGGAACCCUACCCGGAACCCCACCCGGAACACCCGGAACUCCACCCGGAACUCCACCCGGAACACCCGGAACCCCACCCGGAACACGCUGGAAUACGAGCUAUGAAGCAACGCACGUGUUUCUCUAUAAAUUCACGUGUUUUGCAUUAAAUUCGGGGUGAUAGAUGGUUACGAUCUUUACUUUUUACUUGUAUUGUUGUUUUUUUAAAAUAAUUUUUCUCAUGGGCAAGGAUAAAUAUAUUAUGUCGGGCGGUACAUAUUAAUAUCAAAUGCAUGAGUAUUGCUUGCUUGUAAACGUGCAAACGAAGUUUCGCUCGAGGCUUUUGCCGCAUGUACUAUAUUUCAGUUUCGUUUUCAAUAUUCUGCCGUACUAUGUACCUGUGACUCUAUUCUAAAUUUAGUUGAACAAUAACCAAUAUUUAACUUUGCUAUCUUUUUUAUUAUUUUAAUAAUAUGUUUGCACAUGGUUAUUUGACUUGGAAUUGUAUGAAACGGCG